GCCCCAGAAAGCUUCAUUUCCGUAAUUCGCGUAAUCCGUCUCCCAAAGCGAGGGAAUCUCGCGCAUUUCGCGGCCCCUCUGACGUCGGCAGCGUAAACACCUAUGAGAAUAGCAGCCGUGCAUUCCGGUUGGAUGAACGGACCGACCUUUGGAUUUCGGCAAGUAAUAAGCGGAAGUCGCUCGCGCUUGCCUUUUCCGCUGGCUUUGGGGAUUCGCCGUCGCCUGCCGUUACAGCAUGGCCACCUCAGGCAGUUUCCGUCUUCUCUUUCGAGCCGCGCCGUCUUCUUGCUGGCGGCUCCUGGAGGCUCCUUUCCGGAACGGCAGUAGCUGGAAUAACGCGGCCCGCCUUGGCUCUUGCCGGUCCUUCCACGCGGCGACGGGGCUCAGCUCGGAAGAGAAAGUUACAGUGCACUUUAUAAAUCGUGACGGUGAUAAAUUAACAGCCAAAGGAAAGGUUGGAGAUUCACUUCUAGAUGUUGUGAUAGAUAAUAAUCUAGACAUAGAUGGAUUUGGUGCAUGUGAAGGAACACUUGCCUGCUCUACAUGUCACUUAAUCUUUGAAGACCAUGUAUUUGAAAAAUUAGAUGCAAUUACAGAUGAAGAAAUGGAUAUGCUGGACCUUGCCUAUGGCUUGACAGAAAAAUCACGUUUGGGCUGUCAAAUUUGCUUGAAGAAAUAUAUGAACAAUAUGACUGUCCGAGUGCCUGAAGCUGUUGCUGAUGCCCGACAGUGUAUAGAUAUGAGCAAGAACCCAUAAAAUAAUGCUGUAGGGUAUGCUUCAUGAUAUUAAAAAUAUUUUACUACUUAUUUCUAAUUUUUAAAGAAAUUGAAAUACUCAUCCUUUGAUUAUCUAUGUUAAAGUAUGAUUUUUACAAAAUUACAGUUAGCCUUAUUUUGAGAGGAUAAAACAAGAAGAUAUUUAGAAGAGACCCGUGGAGUGAUAGAAACAUAAUAAAAUACAGUUAAAGAGCAGGUGGUUUUUUAAGGAAAUUGCUUCUUUUAUUUUCAUUUAAUAAUGCAUCAUUACUGCUGCUGCAUUCAUGUUUUCCCAAAGUAAUUACAUGCUUGGUUUGCGGUAGCUGAGAAUAAAAGUCACCUUUUAAAUUGUAUUUUUCAUACUGAAGUACAGAAAAUACAUUUAGCAGAAAGUAUAUCACUAGUGAUAUUAGUCACUAUUAGCUGAUCAGUUUUGGCACAAAUUAAUUAUAAGAUUUUGUAAUUGUACAAAAUUCUAUUGAAUCUCGUAGGAGUUGCAUAUUCAUAGUUGUAUGCCAUGUUGUGAUCAACAUGUCAGAAGCAUUUCCAAAGGUUUUUUUUAAUUGGAAAUCCUGCAUAAAUACGAUAAUAUUUUAAGGAAGUUGCAUGGACAAAUAUGCAUUUCUGGUUUUGUGGUACGCUUCAUUUCAUGAACAGAUGUCUUAUUCCCAAAAUGAUAGAAAUAUUCUCCCUAAUAGAAAAUAGAAAAAAGAAGGAGCCUUAUAUUCCAUUGUGAUGGGGCUUUAAAUCAAAUGUUCAACUUCUAACCCACUUCCUCUUCUAUCCACAGAUUAAAACUGGCAACAAAGUAGACAGCACAAUUAAAAUUUUAAAAUAAAAAUGCCCUUUAGUACAGUACUUCAACUCCCAGAAUUCCCCAGCUGUCCGUCAGGCUUAAAGUUGCCAAGGUUGGAGACCCCUGUUCUGGUACAAAUAGCAACAUUCAGGUGAGCUCUGGUGCGAGAACAUCAGAAACUGAGAAGGGGCUUUUCUCAGUUACUGCCCAUCUCAUAUCUGUCAGCUCAGACACCUGAAUGAGGGGCUCAGAUUACUUCAGAAUGUAGACAACUGGGAGAUGCAACAGGCAUUCCUUUGGAUACCCUGGUCCAAAGCCAUGUAGGAAAUUUCUUACAUAGAAAUACUAAAGCCAUGGUAUUUCUUACAUAGAUCUUUUGAGUCUUCCAUCUUUUGAAGUUUUUCAUAUAUGCUGAACCAUGGGCCUUCAGACUACAUAGGAUAUUAAUUUGUAGCGUAUGGCAUGUUAUAUAAAAGAAUAUGAUUUAAGUUAUUUCCAGUAUGCACCAAGCCAUUGAAAAUUAAAUGAGCUAAGGACCUCUGACCUCUGUCAGUCUAUAAGAGCUAAAUAGUCAUAUGGAUUACAAUGAGUCCUUUGGAAACAGAAGAAAGGGGGGGAGGAAAGAAGGAAGGAAGGUAUGAUUUCAGUCCUCUGUUCUUUAAAUGCAUUUGGAAAGUAGGGAAGAAAUUAAUAUUAUGUAAAUGUCUUACAUUUUGUUGAAAAAAAAUCUUCAUGGACACUGGAUAUUUUGAUUCAUCUUCAUCGACCAUUGAAAACAACAGUGCUAUGAAAUGACAAGUGUAAACAAACUUCACUGUCAAGGUGAUCUGUGCUUUCUUUAAAAAAUGUUUCUUGAAAUUAGCUGGUAUGAAAAACUAGGUAGAGUCAACAUUUAAUAUUAAUUUUGUACCUAUCUUAUAAAUAUUGAUUAUUUAAACUGCUGAUGCAGUACUUAGCAUUUUUCAGAAUCUGAAAAUAAACUUUGUAUCUAGUUUUCUAAGCUCCUUCUUUGUUAGCAGAUGUCUUUCAUUUUCUGAAUAUUAACAAUUGUCAGGAAAUCAUCUUUGACUAGAAGAAAGAGUUUUCUUGAAACAAAUAUAAAUGGUUAAAGCAACGGAUAUCUUCUUAGCCUUCAGGCUUUUAUUUUCCCCCAUAAUAAUAUUCAUGGGAGAUAGGUUGGGUUGCAAAAGAAUGGUUGGUCCAGAAUCAGCUGGAGAGCUUUCAGGGCUAACAGCUGGUCCAGCCCUAGUCUUAGUCUCCUAUAUUUGAAAUAAAUGUAUUUUGGUGCAUAACAUUUGAACAAUAAAAUAUAAAUACAAUGAUCCUUUCCUACACAAA